CACUUGUUUCCUCUGAUAAGGUCGCUUCGUCCGAAGUCUGAUACAGUCUACUACCAACUAUACAGCAUGAUGAUGCUAAUGGACAUGUGCAUUGGAAACGAACCAUUGCCUUCACAAGAAAAGAAAGAUAUUAGAUAUUUAAUUAGAGAUCUGCGUAGCCUUUCUAGUGAUAUCAGAGUAUCACCGUAUUAUCCAUCACGGUCAAAAGUGAAGCACAUUCUUGAACGGAUUUCGAUAAAGCUCACCUUAAUGGCUGACAACAUGGAUUCUAAACAGGAUCUAGGUUCAAGUCUCUACGCAUUUUUUAGCAUGCCUAGCCCUAUUGCCAGUCCAAACAAAGACCGUAUAGCAAAGCAUAGCAGGAUAGACUCAGAUGAGGAGCUAGCAUAUGAACACUAUCAUAGCCUAGUAUCUUAUGAAGAAGAUUUAGAAGUUAAGGAUAAAGAAAUUAACAUAAAAGAGGAAAUAGAGAAAGAUGUUCAGGUAGAACAGAAUAUGGAGACAAAAAGUGCCUGCAGCCACUCAGAAAAGCGAUUUUCUAUAGAUUGCAACAUAGCACAGCAUUGCAGGGUAGACUCAGACAAGGAGCUAGAAUAUAAACAGUGUCAUAGCAUAGUGUCUUAUGAAGAAGAUUUAAAAGUUAAGAAUAAAGAAAGUAACAUAAAAGAGGAAAGAGAGGAUGUUCAGGUAGAACAGAAUAUGGAGACAGUUAGUGCCUUCAGUCAUACGAAAAAGCCAUUUUCUAUAGAUCGCAACUUGGAAAUACUGAAUCAACGAGUAUAUGAAAUGGAAGAACAAGUUGUAGAACAGAAUAAUGAAUGUGGCAGUUUGGUAGGAAAGGUUGUUUCUUUAUUGUCAGACAAUAUAAUUAGGUUAAUAAAUAAGAGUGAACAGGCAAGUAAGCCGAGUACUAGUGAGAAAGUAGUUGAGGAUCAGUUUAUAAACCAUAUCUCUACAUUAGAAAAUAGAGAAGGCCUGAUGAAUAAAGAGGAGGUUCUUGAGAAUUUUCAAUAUGAUGCUAUCACUGGCACCAACAAUGAUGACAGUACUGAAUGCGAGGCAGAAAUUCAAUUUAAGCAUCAGGAUACAAGCCCUGACUUUAUAGCUACAAGUAGUUGGUCCUUAGGACAACCAUACAUAAAUUAUUAUCAGGAUGAAAUGAUUGAAUGCAUUAAUACUCCCUCCUCAUCACCUGAAAAAAAGAAAGCACACUUUGAAGAAAAUAUACAAAAUAAUGCUUGUGUUAAGAAUGACUCGAAGAAGAAAAGAAGUCAGCGAAAGUUGAAUUUUAGUGGACAUCAUGAAGAAGAGGCAGACAUAAUAAUGACUGAACCAUCCAUUAGUAACACAGCUGGUGGAGUUAGCUGUAGAACUAGUAGUGUAGAGAGAGGUAUAGAACUCAAUGAAAGAGAAUUACCUAGUGAAGGAGUUGAGUAUGAUGUUGACAAUGAUAAUAAGAGCCGUCUGUUAUUGAUAACAAAUCAAGAAUUUGGUCUGUUUGGUAGUAAUAACUGUCAUAUUAAACACAAUAGCCAUAAAACACCAUCCAAUGACAGCGACGUUAUUUUAUCUUCACUGCCAUGCUCCGAGAGUUCUACUAGUCUGAGUGGCAGCAUUGAAGCAGUGCUGUCUCAGGACUUAAUCUAUGGUAGAAGUUUAGAACAAGGGCAGUCUUUGCAAAAUUCAGAAGAAAUGAAAUCAAGUCAAGAAAGUGGUACAAGUUCACAAUGCUCCAGUAUUAUGGACAUUUUUGCAGUUGGUUAGGAAAAAAUUAUAAAAAAAACUAAAAAGAAGAGAAAGACAAUAAUAAUUAUGAGAGGUGUUUUUAACAGUAGCUUAUAGAUACUUUUUGUCAUGCAAUCAAUAAAACAUAGGGUAGUAGUGAUCGUAAUAUGUGCUAGUGGGUACAUGCUAAUCUCUAAUUUAAAUAGCUAUUUUCCUGUGGGCCUCCUGAUUUGAAAUUUUGGAAGAUCAUUUUUUCACCAAACUUGAUCAUCAAACAUCAUUACAAGUUGUGGUAAUCAAGUAUAGGAAUCUCAUUUGAUUUAGGCUGAUACAUGUAUACUUUAAUGUGGAUAAUUAUAGUUUAUAAUUUCAAUAUAGUUAUAGCAGUGUUCAACUUUGGGUCUGUACAUUUUAAGGUUUUGUGCUGUUUACAUUUUCAAUAUAUAAAUAUUAUAUUAACACUCUUUUUCAAAAUGCACUCACAUUUGACUGAUUUCAUUAUUUCACAUUGUUAACAUUUAUUGGAGCAUUCUCACUGAUUUUAAUGUAAACUUUGUUUUGUUUACAUUAUUAAAUGAUCAUUCUAACUGUUUUUAAUGUAAUCUUUGUUUUGUUUGUAUUAUUACUGUUUAAAGCAGCAAACUGAUUAUAUGUAAGCUUUGUUUUGUUUACAUUAUUCAUGCGGUAAUAAUACAUAAUUUUAAUGUUGUAUUUUGUUUACAUUUUUAUUAACAUUUAAAUGAGCAUUCCCACCAAAUCCCACUUAUUUUAAAGUAAGCCCUUUUUGUACAUUAUUGUUAACAUUUAAAGUAGCAUUUUUUUGUUUACAAUAUUAAAAUUUCAAACUGAAGUCUCAGUGAUUUUAAUAUUUGUUUACAUUGUUCUUGCAUUUUGAUAAUUUUUUGAGCAACAUUCAAUAAUUUAAUGCUCAUUUAAAAUGUACACAUUCUCAGUUCCCUCAUAUUUAAUUGGAUGCCAUGUUUGACUGCAACAUAAUGCUUUAAAGACUGCCGUUUCAAAAAGUUUAUUCAAUUUUUAUAUUAACCUUACUAAUAUUUAAAUGGUUUUUGUUUAUUU